GUUUCACAAUAGACGUUUAUACACCAUUCGAUAGAGAAUUUCAAGAGCUACAUUUUGCACUAUUUGUAUUUCAAGAUAGAUAAAAUCGACUUUUUGGCCUAAUGUCCGCUUAGUUGCCCACUGUGUGUUGAUAGCAGACAGACUGAUUACUUACUGGUUGGUUAGUUUUUAUUUUUUGCUUCCUUCAUAUCUCGAUCCAUAAAAAAAUCUUUCAGUCCGGACUCGGACUCGCCCAUACCUGGAUCGGGAGCAUAACGUCGACCGUCUGAUGUACGUUUGUUUACUAUAUCAAAUACAUUUAAUCAGGAUCAUAGUCUGCUGAAGUAAAAUUUAAUAAUGAAAAACAGCACCUUUGGAAGGCGAGAAAAUUUUAGUUCUAUCACUCACCACAAAACUAAAAAUCAAUGCGUUGUCUCAGAGUCACGACAGUGCAGAGUGAUCAACGCUUGUAAGUGAUAGAAUAGUAAAUUAUAGGAAGUAGAAAACUAUGUUUUGAUGGAUUUACGUAAUCUGCGUAUACAAUUCUCUUUUCACUUUUGAUAUUUGUCAUUUUUAAAGAGGCAAAGAUAGUUUUGUAUAGUCCGAUAGAUCUGACACUUGUCUAACGACUGGUGUAAAAAUUAUGCUAAAAUUUAUUGGAGUUAAUUAGUUCUGAUCAAUUUCUAGUCGAUCGGUGUCAAAUGACCCGAUUUACCCCGGCUCAGCCAUUAGUAAAAUGGUAGAAAAGUUUUCGGUAGUGACCUGGAUUAUGUCGUUGUACUCUAUAUGAGUAAUAAUAAAGUUCUAUAUUGUUCUAACAGAGUUUUUAAUACCCUUUGUAAUGCUCAUAAAAACAUAAGAAAUAUUUCCUAUAGGCGAGUAAAGGGUUGAAUCUAUAUUGAAGAAAAAUGCGAGAAUCAUGAAAAAAGUCUUUCUAUUUAUGAUCUGUUGAUGUAAUAAGUAAAGUAGUAGAGAAAUGCAUAUAGUGGAGGUUUUUUAAAAAUCAUCAAACUUUCAAAUCCUUUUCCUUGACGAACAAGCGACUCGUUAAGUAAGCCUACACGAAAGAAGAAUGAACAAACAUUAGUAGUUUUAAGAACAUGAAUCAUUUUUAUUGAUUUUACUACUAUCCGUUCCAAAAUACAAGACAGGCGGUUGCGUUUUGACUAACUUUUGAUAAAAGAUAGAUAGAGACCUGUGCUUUUCACUAUUCAAAAGUCAAAACCUGUACGCACGUUUCCACAAGCAAAAAUGAUUUUUGAAAAAGAUUCAAAGAUCGGAUUUCGAGCAGAUCUUUGGAAAACCAGUUUGGAUCUCUGAGAACUGGCAUUGAAAUAGGUCGAUCUUUCUUCAUAGAUAGAUAGUCGAAAGUGUCCUCUGCAAAACGCACACUAAGCAAACCCUUAUUUUUUUCCGGUCAGGCGUAGUAUCGGAUUUCCUGGGAGUCCCUGAAUAAAUAUUUCUUUAGAUGUGGUAAUGCCGAAAAUAAAUGGAAACAUAGGUAAUCGACCACGCGGAAUCUUGUGGCAAAACAAUCGCCCCUUACUGGACCGACCGAUUGAAAGGUUGAAGGACAAACGGGCGCAGACUGGCCGGUUCGAACUCUGCGUGAAACUACGAUGCUCUAGUAAUAAUGCUAAGAAGUGAUACACACACCUCUGAUAAUAAAAAGCGUACGCGCACGUCUGAGAAUCUUCGUCUAGUCAUUUCAUUGUUUACGCUAAUAUCUCAUUUUAGACAUUAGAUUUUGGCAUUAGCAUUUUAAGCACAACUGAUGGUACUGAACGGACAAAUAUUGGUUUAUUGACUCGAUCAAAUAUCACUUACAUGGAAAACUGGGAUAUACCCGGCUGGGAUUAUGCUAACGUGUCAAAUAUCGCUAAACCUUCAGAAUGUCAAGCAGCUUGUGACAACGAUCGUGUCUGUAAAUCCUGGUCAUUUGUUAUGCAUGAUCAGACAUCCUAUUGUUACUUGAAAUCAGGUGCUCCUUUACCCGUUAAAACCACACAAUGUAUGGUGAAAGACGUGGACUUUGCGCGAAAACCAAAGUAG